UAAGGAUGUGUUGUGUCUCCAGAUACUGGUGGGAGCUCCCCGGGACAGAGGACUGGGCCUCAUGCGGAGACAGCGUCCUGGUGCCCUGUACCGCUGUCCAAUCACAGGAGAGAAGUUUGACUGCGAGCGAGUGGACAUCGAUGGAGAUGUAAACCUUGACCGGGAGAGCAAGGACAACCAGUGGCUAGGAGUGACAGUCAAGAGCCAGGGGAUUGGAGGAAAGGUGGUGACCUGUGCCCACCUGUAUGAGCUGCGUCAGCGUGUGGGCCUGCCGUCUGAGACGCGGGACCCUAUCGGGCGUUGCUAUGUCCUGAGUGAGGACCUGACAGAGAGGGAUGACYUGGACGGAGGAGAGUGGAAGUUCUGUGAGGGGCGACCCCAGGGACACGAACAGUUUGGCUUCUGUCAGCAGGGYCUGUCUGCCGCCUUCACACCAGACAAUAACUUCAUCAUGUUCGGCGCUCCAGGAACGUACAACUGGAAAGGCAUGGUGCCAUACUACUUAUUAUUAUAUCUCAAUGAGACAAACCUUUCCUGGUCGGAGUGCACAGGAGGGGAGUACCACACACGAGGCGAGGUGGAGCUGAAGGUCAAACGCCAUCUCCGCCUGCCGAGCGAGCGCACCUUCCAACUACACGAGAAUAUCCGUGACAAGCUGCGUCCCAUCACCCUGGCCAUCACCCACACRAUCAGACCCCCCAUGUUGUCCUCAGACACUAACCCAGAGGAACAACACACACUGCCUCCCGUACUGGGUGUGACCACCUCCAACACCCUGCACUCUGAGGUGAAUUUCCUGAGGGAAGGCUGUGGUGAUGAUAAUAUCUGUCAGAGCAACCUGAAGAUGACCUACCAGUUUGGAACCCGACCUAUAACCUCUGACCUCUUCACCCCUCUGCCAAAAGAUGAUGAGGAGGUGUCAGUAUUCUCUCUGUCUGACCAGAGGUCCGUGGUGAUGGAGGUGACCGUCACCAACGUGCCCUCUGACCCUCUGUACCCUGAGAAGGACGGUGACGAUGCCCAUGCCGCCCAGCUAGUGGUCACCCUGACAGACACCCUGUCCUACUCUGGCUUCAGGGGACAACAGGUACAAUGUCAGGCCAAUCAGAAUGGCUCUCAGGCAGAGUGCGAGCUGGGAAACCCCCUGAAGAGAGGUUCUAUCCUGAUGUUCUACAUCCUCCUCAGCACGUCUGCUAUCACAUAGGAGACCACGGAAUCUCUGUCAACCUCCUGCUGGCUACGUAAUAUCAGUGGACAGCCAGACCCCCCAGUCACAGCCGUGGCUAAGUCGUCAAUAGGCGCUCCUCUGGCUGUCAGCGGGGUGGCCCGGCCACACCAGCUGUUCUUCAGUGGAGUUGUGAAGGGGGAGAGUGCUAUGGAGACUCUCGACGAUGUGGGCAGCGUUCUGGACUUUGAGUUUACGGUGACCAACACUGGGCCGUCCCUGCAGACUCUAGGCUCUGCCUUCCUCAACAUAAUGUGGCCUCAUGAGCUGUCCAAUGGGAAGUGGCUCCUGUACCCCACCGCUUUUCACUUCCAGGGCCAUCCAGAAACACACUGUAGACCCCACACCUCCCUCAACCCACMGAAGUUUUCCCACAGCUCUCCUUCUGAAGACCAGCCACAGGCUACAUUCAGGAGGAAGGGGCGAUCCCACCCGGAAGAGGAGGGGCAUGUGAUGACCAAGGGCAGUCUGGGUAGGACCACGCCCGCUGUGGCUGCCUCCGAGAGACGGAAGUCACUCAAACUGGAGUUCCCAUCAGUCAGUGCUCUGGAGCUGCUGGUUAGAGCCAACAUCACAGUCAAGUCGAGCAUCAAACACCUGGUGCUGAGGGAUGCUGCCGCACAGGUCCCAGUGAUGAUUUACCCAGAGGUUGGUCUGACUGCCCAGUACUGGAUCCCCUGGUGGUGGAUUCUCAUAGCCAUCCUGGCUGGUAUCCUGGUGCUGUCCCUGAUGGUCUGCAUCCUCUGGAAGUGUGGUUUCUUCCGUCGGGUCCAGUAUGAAGACAAAGUGCCUCAGUACCAUGCGGUGAAGAUCCCCCAUCAGGACCUGCCCCAGUUCCAUGAGAGCCAGCAGAAGGCAGGGGUCCUCCACAAGAAAGAGUGGGCUACACACUGGAGCGAUGGGACUUCCUGAUCGACAGCAACAACAAAAACAACAACAAGGAAUUGAAUAAUAACAAACCCCCAAUUCCACCCAUAUGGCCCACUCACUAACUCUGCGGUGUAAUAAGUGUGUGCACACAGACUGGCCGUGUCACAACAGUGUUGUGACACAUUGAGGCUACGUCCUGAUUCUUCACCCUUCUUCUGAAGUGGACUUAUUAAUGCUGACUACGCUCUCCUACGUAUUUAUAUGGACAGUGAUGCUAACUUUCUACAUUGUCUCUAUAGUCCAGCAUUUUGGAUUUAAGUUCAAAUGUUCCACAUGAGGUGACAGUACAUAAUGUCAUCUUCACUUGAGGGUAUUAUUUAUACAUAUCUGAUUUACCAUUUAGAAAUGAAAGCACUUUGUAGAUCUAGUCCCCCCAUUUGAAGACGUCAUGAGU